UCAACAUUACAUGUGGAGCGAUCCCAUCGUCACCAUGACAGCAGAGGAAACCAUAAAUGUGAAGGAGGUGGAGAUCAUCAAGGUGAUCCUGGACUUUCUGAACUCUAGGAAGUUGCACAUCAGCAUGCUGGCUCUGGAAAAGGAGAGCGGCGUCAUCAACGGGCUCUAUUCAGACGACAUGCUCUUCCUCAGACAACUGGUGCUUGACGGACAGUGGGAUGAGGUCUUGCAGUUCAUUCAGCCUUUGGAGUGCAUGGACAAAUUCGACAGGAAAAGGUUUCGUUACAUCAUCCUCAAGCAGAAGUUUCUGGAAGCUCUUUGUGUGAAUAACGCCAUGUCUGCAGAGGACGAGCCACAGCACUUGGAGUUCACCAUGCAAGAAGCAGUCAAGUGUCUCCAUGCCCUGGAGGAGUUCUGUCCAUCUAAAGAUGACUACAGCAAACUAUGUCUGCUGCUCACACUGCCCCGACUCACAAACCAUGCAGAGUUCAAGGACUGGAACCCAAGCACGGCCAGGGUUCAGUGUUUUGAGGAGGCCUGUACGAUGGUAGCAGAGUUCAUCCCUGCGGACAGGAAGCUGAGUGAGGCUGGAUUUAAAGCCAGCAGGGACAGACUCUUCCAGCUGCUCCUUAAGGGAGUGCUCUAUGAGUGCUGUGUGGAGUUUUGCCAGAGCAAGGCAACGGGUGAAGAGAUCACAGAGAGCGAGGUCCUCCUGGGUGUCGACAUGCUAUGUGGUAAUGGCUGUGAUGACCUGGAUCUGUCCCUACUCUCCUGGAUGCAGAACCUCGCCCACAGCGUCUUCUCCUGCGCCUUCGAACAGAAGCAACUCAACAUCCAUGUAGACCGUUUGGUCAAGCCUGCAAAGACCGGCUAUGCUGACCUCCUCACUCCACUUAUCAGCAAACUGUCACCUUAUCCCUCCUCUCCUCUGCGCCGCCCACAGUCUGCUGACACCUAUAUGUCCCGCUCUUUGAACCCUGCAUUGGACGGUCUGUCUUAUGGACUGUCUGGCCAGGAUAAGAGGGCAAGUGGUGGGGAGACAGCGCCAGGAAAAGGGGUCUCUCCCAUGUCCCACUCAUUUGCCAACUUCCACUACCCUGGACCAGGUGGGCAGAACCUGACCAGGAGUCUCAUGAUGGAGAGCUCAGACUGCCACAGUAUCUUUGAGGAAUCCCCUGAAACUUCCAGAACGGAAACACCUGUGGAUAAGAUGAUGAGUUCAGGUGGAGCUCAGAACAUGCGACCUGCCUCAGCUCCAGGAGAGGAUGCACCCGGUUCUGCAGACAGAAACGAGCUUCGUGACUCCACAGAGAAGUAUGAGGAGUUCUAUCGGCAGCGUCUCCGCGUGCAGCAGCACCUGGAGCAGAAGCAACAGCAAAGGCAGCUGUAUCAGCAGAUGCUGCUGGAGGGGGGGGUGCAGCAGGAGCCUCCACCCAGCGAAAUGCAGCACAGCCUCACAGAAAAGUUUCUCAACAGAUCCAUCCAGAAGCUUGAGGAGCUCAAUGUAGGGAUGGAGAAUUUAGGAGAGGAGGUGAUGUCUUUGGCCCAGCAGUGCAAUGGCAACGGAAACACGCCUACCACUGAGAACAAUAACAACCCUCCAUCUGUGACCCCAGAACAGAGCAGGGCCCGAGGGGGAGGGGUGCUUAGCAGUACCCCCCAACGCACAGUAGGAGGCCGCCCAGUCCCCCCUCCCACUGAGUCCCCUGUCGUCUCCCAGAGUGGGCAGACACUUAAAGGUCAAGGUGAUUCUCCAGGCUCCUUAUCCCGAAGUAAAGAGGGGGACAAACAAAAAGACCUGUUUGUGCCGGUGCACUCUCUGGAAGAUACUCAGGCUAUCCGUGCUGUUGCCUUCCAUCCGUCUGGAGCGCUGUACGCUGUGGGAUCAAACUCCAAAACUCUACGUGUCUGUGCUUAUCCAGAGUCACUGGACACAAGUGGAUCGAGUCCAACAAAGCAGCCGACCGUCCGCUUCAAAAGAAACAAACACCACAAAGGCUCCAUCUACUGUGUGGCGUGGAGCCACUGUGGACAGCUGUUGGCUAGCUCUAAUGACAAAUAUGUCAAAGUCUUACCUUUCAGUGCAGAGACAUGCAAUGCCACAGGUCCAGACCUGGAGUUCAGCAUGCACGACGGCACCAUCAGAGACUUGGCUUUCAUGGAGGGCCCAGAAAGUGGAGGAGCCAUCCUCAUUAGCGCAGGAGCAGGAGACUGUAACAUCUACACCACGGACUGUCGAGGACAGGGUCUGCACGCGCUCAGUGGACACACAGGUCAUAUUCUGUCUCUGUACACGUGGGGAGGCUGGAUGAUUGCCUCUGGAUCCCAAGACAAGACGGUGCGUUUCUGGGACCUCAGGGUGCCCAGCUGUGUCCGAGUAGUGGGGACUGCUUUCCACGGUUCAGGGAGUCCUGUGGCCUCAGUUGCAGUUGACCCAAGUGGUCGUCUCCUGGCAAGCGGUCAGGAGGAUAGCGCGUGCAUGCUGUAUGACAUCAGGGGUGGCCGUAUAGGUCCCAGGUGGUACCGGCCACACACCAGCGACGUGCCUGUCAGGUUCUCCCCCGGAGCACAUUACCUGCUCACAGGUUCCUAUGACACGAAGGUCAUGGUCACCAACCUCCAAGGUGAUUUAACAAAACAGUUGCCUCUGACGGUGGUGGGAGAGCACGGCGACAAGGUGAUUCAGUGUCGAUGGCACACGCAAGACCUGUCCUUUCUCUCAUCCUCUGCUGACCGCACUGUCACACUCUGGACACACAACCCAUAACACACACACAGAUAUAUACACACACACACACACACAGACAGUUGACCAUGCCAUAAUAAUAGACAUACAUUCCUGUAAAACAACAAAGCUCCUCCCACACACACUCAGACACCGUCACACAUGACACUUACAGGCUGUAAAACACAAACAGGUGAAUGAGUCUUUCGAAGGAAACCAAAUGGAUAAACCCUGUGUGACACAUUACAAGCACACAUGCUGCAUGCUCACCUAUUUACUUUGCAUCUGCUUCACCAUCAGCCAUCAUCAAACCUUGACGAGUAUAAUCAUUAUCUUUCAUCCACAUCAGACAUUUUCACUCAUCAGUCUCUGGCUGCAUGUACAUUCACUGAGGAGUCGUUGAGGAUUGGACAGGACAGUGCUUUUUCAUGACAGUGCCUUUCUUCGGUUCUCAGUUUCCAUAACAAAAAAUUAAAAAAAAAAAAAAA